CCUUCAAACAACCUUUUGACAUUUGUUAACAAGUACCACGCGUCUUCAGCUCUCAUUCAGUGCCUGCUUUCCGUUGUGACAUUCCCUUAGUCAAACAUCAUCAUGACCACUUACUUCAACUAUCCCUCCAAGGAGCUCCAAGAUGAACUCAGACAAGUUGCUCAAGCCAUCGUAGCUCCUGGCAAAGGAAUUUUGGCAGCCGAUGAAUCCACAGGAACUAUGGGCAAACGAUUGGCUGAUAUCGGAGUAGAAAAUACUGAAGAAAACCGCCGCAGAUACCGCCAAUUGUUGUUCACUGCUCCAGACUCUUUGGGUGACCACAUAUCUGGUGUUAUUUUGUUCCACGAAACCUUAUACCAAAAGACUGAUGAUGGCACUCCAUUCGUAGAACUUUUGAAACGCAAAAACAUCAUCCCAGGAAUCAAAGUCGACAAAGGUGUAGUUGACUUGAUGGGCAGUGAGAAUGAAUGCACUACUCAAGGAUUGGAUGAUUUGGCUGCCCGCUGUGCACAAUACAAAAAGGAUGGAUGCCACUUUGCCAAAUGGCGUUGUGUAUUGAAAAUUGGCAAGAAUACACCAAGCUACCAAGCUAUUUUAGAAAAUGCUAAUGUCUUGGCCAGAUAUGCCUCAAUCUGCCAAUCUCAACGUUUGGUUCCUAUUGUUGAACCAGAGGUUCUUCCUGAUGGAGAUCAUGACUUGGAACGCGCACAAAAAGUUACUGAAACCGUUUUGGCUGCUGUCUACAAAGCUUUGAAUGACCACCACGUUUAUUUGGAAGGAACUUUAUUGAAACCCAAUAUGGUAACUGCUGGACAAAGUUGCCCACAAAAACCAACACCAGCCAGUGUAGGAGUUGCCACUGUGACUGCUUUGAGGAGAACUGUUCCAGCUUCAGUUCCCGGAAUUACUUUCCUCUCUGGAGGACAAUCUGAAGAAGAAGCCUCAGUGCAUUUAAAUGCUGUCAACCAAGUAGAGCUCUUGAAACCAUGGGCACUCACUUUCUCAUUUGGCCGUGCUUUACAAGCAUCUGUGCUUAAAGCCUGGCAAGGAAAGAAUGAAAAUGUUGCUAAGGCCCAAGCCGAAUUACUCAACAGAGCUAAGGCUGAUGGUUUGGCAUGCCAAGGACUGUACCAAGCUGGUUCAAUUCAAAGUGGGGCUGGCGGCAAGAGCAACUUUGUAAAAGCUCAUGCUUACUAAGUCAUGAUUGGCAUCUAAGAAAAUACCAUAAUCUACUGUUUUAUUCUAAAAUUAUUACAAAAAUUUAGUGAUCAUUAAAAAUGAUAUGUUUGGCCUGUUAUUGAGAAAUAUUUUAUACUGUUAUAUUUUUGUAAGUUUAUAUGUGAAGUCAAAAGGGAACACAAUGUUCACAACAUUCCUAUGAAUCAAAUAAAGAAACUACAUAAAUAGU